AUGAGCAGGCUUGAACAACAGGCCCAUGUCGAAGUCUCCUGGUGGAAGGUCACAUCCGACAGGCGUAUCGAGCGCGUCGGCGGCCUACUCGUAGACGCGAUCAACCUCCAGUCCUCGCGGGAUGCUGCUGCCGUCUGGGCUUAUGACCUGGUCAUGCGUGAGGACGUCACCGAAGGCUUCCGAGACCUGGUGGUGGCGGCUCUCCAGAUGGAUGCCGUCGUGGAGGAGGCACAGCAACUGGCGGUGCAGGUGGUGAACAGAGUCCUUUCGGACGAAGGCACCAUUUUGGAGGCCAAGAAGGUGCUUCGCGACGCCUUGGAAGACCAGGAGUUGCGCAACUCCGCCAAGGAGUCGCUUUGGAGCAUCGUGAUCCCCUGGGGCUCCAGAUCAAGCCCCGAUGAAGUCAAACGUGCAGUGCGGUUAGCAGAGGAGCUGGCCUCCCUCCCUGCCCUCAAUGACGACGAGCGCGCGAGCCUUCGGUCCUUGCAGAUGCGGCUUAGAGCCGAGGGAAGGAAGGGUGCUCCGCGAGCUGCAGAGAAGAGGACCGACGCAGCUUCGGAGGCUCCGCCUCCGGCCUCGGCGGCCUCGGGGGUCUCACAGCCGGCCAAAGAAGCCGAGCAGGCUCCCCCUCAGAAGGAAGCGAAAGAGAAGCAGGCGCGGCCACUCGAACUGACGACUCAGCCGCUCAAGGCAUUGAAGGCACCAGAGACGCCUUCAGGCGAAGACACCUCGCCAAAGGCCUCGGAAAAGGUCCCAGAGAAGGUGGCAGAGGGCGUUUCGUCACCAUGUCCAGAGGAGCCUGGACAAGACGUGCGCAAGGCUGAAGACCAGCAAGCGCCGUGA